GAGUACCCGGAUGAGAGCUCCUCGCGGCUUCCUGGUGAAGUGACUGCGGCGGAGUAGGAGGUGGCUGCCCCAGGCGCGAGGUGUUUGGAGAGGUGCUAACGCCCGCUCUGUGUUCGGUUACGCCCCCGCCGACGCCCUACUCUCCGUCGGCGUCUCUCGCCCUUCCCCAGACCCGUCUCCCCCGUCCCCAUUGCUCCAGGAGCCUUUGGGGCUGUUCCCCAUUUUGGAACCGGAAGGACUUCAGAAGCUUUCAGAGGGGAGGAAAGUGACAACGAUUUCUGCAGAUCAAGCCUAGGACUGAGGUCCGUGCCUCCCUCCUCCUUAACCCUCCUGGUUCCCUAAGACAGCCGGGAACCCCGCCCUACCCUAGAGCAAGCACCUCGCCUUACCUGGGGAGCACGGGGACACUCACUUCUCUCCCCCUGUGCUGCUGCCACCUUGAGACCUAGGUAGCGCCGGCAGGAGCUCUGGUCCUCUGGAGAUUCAGUGUGAAGGUGUGAACCCAGCCUCCUUCAGAGCCUUCCCACCAUGACCUCCAAGAAGCUGGUGAACUCGGUAGCAGGCUGCGCUGACGACGCCCUCGCUGGCCUGGUGGCCUGUAACCCCAGCCUGCAGCUCCUGCAGGGGCACCGUGUGGCCCUCCGUUCUGACCUGGACAGCCUCAAGGGCCAAGUGGCCCUGCUGUCGGGCGGGGGCUCCGGCCAUGAGCCUGCCCACGCUGGUUUCGUAGGGAAGGGGAUGCUGACGGGGGUCAUUGCGGGAGCUGUGUUCACCUCCCCAGCAGUGGGCAGCAUCCUGGCGGCCAUCAGGGCGGUGGCCCAGGCAGGCACAGCGGGGACCCUCCUCAUCGUAAAGAACUACACCGGGGACAGGCUCAACUUUGGCCUGGCCCUGGAGCAGGCCCGGGCUGAGGGCAUCCCUGUGGAGAUGGUGGUCAUCGGAGAUGACAGUGCCUUCACCACCCUCAGGAAGACGGGCCGGCGGGGGCUGUGUGGCACAGUGCUGAUCCACAAGGUGGCGGGUGCCCUGGCUGAGGCAGGUGUGGGGCUGGAGGAAAUCACAAGACGGGUGAGCUUGGUCGCCAAGGCCAUGGGUACCCUGGGGGUGAGCUUGUCCUCCUGCAGCGUCCCUGGUUCCAAACCCACCUUUGAGCUCUCAGCGGAUGAGAUAGAGCUGGGCCUGGGGAUCCACGGGGAAGCUGGCGUGCGUCGGAUAAAGAUGGCAACCGCUGACGAGAUUGUGACACUCAUGCUCGACCACAUGACCGACUCCUCCAAUGCGUCCCACGUGCCUGCGCUUUUAGGCUCCUCGGUGGUGUUGGUGGUCAACAACCUCGGUGGCUUGUCUUUCCUCGAGCUGGGCAUCAUAGCCGACGCUGCCGUCCGCUGUCUGGAGGGCCGCGGGGUGAAGAUCGCCCGAGCCCUGGUGGGCACCUUCAUGUCCGCGCUGGAGAUGCCCGGCGUUUCCCUCACCUUCAUGCUGGUGGAUGAGCCCCUCCUGGACCUGAUAGAUGCUGAGACCACUGCCGCAGCCUGGCCGAACGUGGCCAAGGUCCCCGUGACUGGACGGAAGCGGAGCCGGGCAGCCCCUGCCGAGCCCCCAGAGGUCCCCGAUUCCGCUGCUGCAGGAGGUACCAGACCCUGCUGUGAGGCAAGGGUGAGGGUAGUCUUCCUCGGUGGCCCAGGGCUUUGGCCUGAGCCCCGCGGGGUGGGGGGGCGUGCAGUGGGCUACGCAGGGCCCUGGCACCCACACCGGUCAGGCCUGCUUGUGAGAAGAGCCAGGGGGGCCUCUUCUCCACUGCCCUCACUUUCUAGGCUUAGACUCCAAGUGGGUGGUGCUUGUGCUGGAACGGGUGUGCACCAGCCUCCUGGACCUGGAGGAACAUCUGAACGCUCUGGACCGGGCUGCAGGCGACGGGGACUGUGGCACCACCCACAGCCGUGCAGCCAGAGCAAUCCAGGAGUGGCUGAAAGAGGGUCCCCCCCCUGCCAGCCCUGCCCAGCUCCUCUCCAAGCUGUCCUUCCUGCUCCUGGAGAAGAUGGGAGGCUCAUCUGGGGCGGUGAGCGCCACAGGGCUGGCAGGGAGAGAGGGCAUCCCGGCUGGGCUCCUCGGGCUCACAGUUCUGGUCCUCCCCAGCUCUAUGGCCUGUUCCUCACUGCUGCUGCCCAGCCCCUCAAGGCCGGGACUGACCUCCCAGCGUGGUCUGCUGCCAUGGAUGCUGGCCUGGAGGCCAUGCAGAAGUAUGGAAAAGCUGCCCCGGGGGACAGGACAAUGCUGGAUGCUCUGUGGGCAGCAGGACAGGAGCUCAAAGCCUGGAAGAACCCAGGGGCUGAUCUGUUGCAAGUCCUGAGCAAAGCAGUCAAGAUUGCUGAAGCUGCUGCCGAGGCCACCAGGAGUAUGGAAGCUAGAGCCGGAAGAGCCAGUUACAUCAGCUCCGCGCGGCUGGAUCAGCCAGACCCCGGGGCAGUGGCCGUGGCCGCCAUUCUCCGGGCCAUCCUUAAGGUCUUGCAGAGCUCAGAUGUGUGACUACCUCCCUCAGCCUCAGCUCCUUGCCCACUGCUGCCCUGAGGUGGCCACUGUCAACUUUUCAACUGCUGCCCUCCCAUCACCCCCACCCUGAGCACCUGUGCUCUGGGUUCAGCAGGGAGUCCCCCACCGAGGCUCCAGAAGGCCUCCGUGCAGAGGCCCAGGGGGGUCCAUGUACCUCCUCAGGCAGAGUGGAGUCCCAGGGUCACCUAGCCCUGCCCCCAACUCUGGGCUUCAGUGUUAAGGCAUUUUCCCUGGGCUGGCAGCACAACUGUUCCCUGCCAAUGCCAAUAUGGUAUUAAGAUUCUCCCUUUGAAAGGCUUUCUGCACCUGAAUCUGAGCCAUUGUGGAAGAGAAAGCUAAUAAACCACAUUGAAACAACA